AUACUUAUUGAUCAAUUGGAAAAUUUAUAGACAUUUAUUUGAUACAAUAUAAAAAAGACAGAAGCUCUUCGUUGGAAGAAAGUAUAGAAUGUGGAAUUGAUAGAUAUUGGAUAGUGAUAAUGUGGUCAUUUUUCUUGCUUUCAUUGAUAUCUAUGAUUCCUAGGCCCUCAGGCGCUGAAUAUUGUGACGAUACUACAGACUGUAAAAUUUUCGAAUGGCAAGCUUGGUCUGUGUGUACAGGCUCAUGUGGAACUCCCCAAACUCGAAGUCGUCUUAUGUGUUGUCCCACAAGUGUUAAAGAUAUCACGAUAGAAAACUGUCUUUCGGCUUGCAAUAUAUCCACAAUAUUCACAAUGAAGGAACAACGUGUACAAGGACAUUAUAUUUCUGGAAAUUGUCUUUGUAACCAUGGAUACAAGGGAAACUGUUGUCAAGAUUUGGUGAAGUGCAGUGACAAUCCAUGUAAACACGGAACCUGUACCGACACCAACGCUACAUUUGUGUGCAACUGCGACAGAGGAUACACCGGUGUCGAUUGCGACACACGCAAACAAUGCAACCAAGGAGUGGCUUGCGAUCAUGGUGGAAACUGUGUGAACGCCGCGACAGGGUUUAAAUGUCACUGUACUGAUAGAUACACCGGAGAAUUCUGCGAAAGAUACAAAAAGUGUAGUGACCAUCCCUGUGAACACGGGAGUUGUAAUGACAAUCCCACUGGAUACACCUGUACGUGUUCACCUGAAUACACCGGAGUAAACUGUGAAAGAGCGAUUACCUGCAGCGAUACACCUUGUCAAAAUGGCGGGACGUGUACAAACCAAGGAGGAAGUUUUCGAUGCACUUGUCCUAAUACACACAAAGGGAAUGUUUGUCAAACAGCGAUUACCUGCAGCGAUACACCUUGUCAAAAUGGCGGGACGUGUACAAACCAAGGAGGAAGUUUUCGAUGCACUUGUCCUAAUACACACAAAGGGAAUGUUUGUCAAACAGUAAAAAGCUGUACCGACAGUCCUUGCCAAAACAAUGGACAUUGUAUUAACACAGGACUAGCUGGGUUCUCCUGCAUGUGUCCAUACACUCAUACAGGAGUCGUCUGUGAAACGGUAACUAAAUGCACCGACCUGCCUUGUGCCCAUGGAACUUGUACAGACACCAGCACAGGGUUUACCUGUGUGUGUGACACAAGAUUUACCGGACAUCUUUGUGAUAGACGCAUCCAGUGUACGGCUAAUCCUUGUGUGCAUGGAACCUGUUCCCUGUUACCAUCAGGAUAUAAUUGUCAUUGCGAGGAGAAAUAUACCGGAAAUAAAUGUGAAUCACCCAUCCGCUGUACAUCUUCCCCUUGUCAGAAUGGACUCUGUAGCGAUUCGCCGACUGGAUACAACUGUGCAUGUGAUGUAAAGCACACCGGUUCUAAAUGUGAUACACUGGUUCAGUGUUCGUCCAGUCCCUGUGUUCAUGGAACAUGUGCUGACACCAGUUCAGGGUUCAAUUGUACAUGCGCACCGCGCUAUGUGGGAGUCAAAUGCGAUGCACUUAAAACGUGUUCUUCCAAUCCCUGUCAACAUGGAACAUGCACCAAUACACCCGCUGGAUUUAAGUGCACAUGUGACGCGCGUUAUACGGGCAUGACAUGUGAUACAUUGAUAACAUGUACUGCUUCUCCUUGUCAACACGGGACUUGCACGGAUACGCCGGCUGGUUUUGUAUGUGCGUGUGAAAAUCUCUACACUGGAGACAGAUGCGAUAGACCGAGAACGUGCUCCUCUCAUCCCUGUGUACAUGGUGCAUGUUCUGACACAGCGAGUGGAUUCAAAUGCAGUUGUGAUGCAACUUACACGGGCAUGGUCUGUGACACGUUGAUAACCUGCGCUUCUUCACCAUGCGAACACGGUACCUGCACUGAUUCACCUACAGGAUUUGUUUGUACUUGUGGCAGUUCCUACGCAGGAAUUAAAUGUGAAACAGUGUUGGUAACAGACGAAGAAUCGGAACUUCUUCUUCCGGAAUGGUUUCCAUAUCUUGAAUACGUGCUGCUAUCGUUAGCUUCACUCAUUGGGUUGAUGGCUUUGGGUUGCUUGUGUUUGAAGUGCUGUCAGGUGUUUGGCGCCAAAAACGACGAUGAUGAUGAUGAUGAUGAUGAUGAUGCCGAUGAAGAUGACAACUUGCGAAAGUACAGAAGGGAUUCUAUUUUCCCACUGGAUCACCAGGAUUCCGUUUAUCCACGGGAUCGUCCGAAACCGAAGGUAUUCAAUAAACGCAUCGGAAUGGAGUUUUGACCUCAACAAUACAAGGACGAGCCAAAAACAGUUCUUUCAUUCAUCUAAUCCGUCCGAAUGAAUUAACAUUUUUAUUAUGAACAUUAUUUUUCCAAUGGUUUCAAUGAAACAAACUAAUUGUAUGAUGGAGGGUUUUUUUAAAUUGUAUCUGAUUAGUAUUGUUUACAUGUAGGACUGUGUACGGCAUGGAGCUACAUGUAUUUGAUCCUUAUGAAACUAAACAUUCAAUUAGUGUUGCUUCGUAAUCUUCUUGCGUUUGUUUGCUUACUAUGACAAAAUUACUCAAUAUUUAAACAUUUCUCUGUGUAGUGAUUCUUUGAAUAUUAAUCUUGUGCUUUACUUUGUAUAUUCCCAUCUUAAUGCAUUGUAUUUUCUUUAAACACUGAUUUUUCAUUAAAGAUGUUCGUGCAUUUUAUGUCACUGAUUUACACUUUAUGCCUGUAAUUUGUAAAAUUUGUUAAAUGUAUUAACAACAGUUUAUUAGUUGUUAUCUCUGUCCGUCCGUCUGUCACACUUUACCAUUAAUAUUAUAUUUUCAGACAGAA